CUUAAUUUUUCCAACAAAGAAUAGAAAAGAAGUCAAAGAAGAUGCCAAAGAUAUUUUGUUGUAUGCCUUGGUAGAGUAGUUACGUUCGUCCUUGUUCAGAACUUGAUACUCCUGGUCCUGGAUAUGGGUUUUUUAUGUAACAAUCAAUUAUGCCAGCAGAUAGACUUGCUACUUUUGUGCAUAAACACAUUUCACGCUCAAACUGUGCAUAUUUUAAUUUGCAUUACUCUGGCUUCUCCACCCUGAUUAUUCCAAAACCCAAUCACAGCUUCGCUGCUGGCCGUAAAACCAGCAAAUUUCUCGUUUAUUGCAAUACCCAGAUCACAAAAUAUGGGAAAAACGGUAGCAUCAAAGAAGCUGAGUCGAUCUUCAGUCGCAUGCCCCACAAGAAUACAAUCUCCUGGACAGCCAUGCUCACGGCAUAUUCAGAAAAUGGCCAAAUCGACGAAGCCCGGAAAGUGUUCGAAAAAAUGCCUGAACGAAGUAUCGCUUCUUAUAAUGCCAUGAUCACGGCUUAUAUCCGCAACAAUUUUAUGGCAGACGAAGCUUUUGAGCUGUUUGCAGAGAUGCCUGAGCGUAAUGCUAUUUCUUAUGCUGCCAUGAUCACAUGUUUUGCACGGGCCGGGAUGUUUAAUGAGGCUAAGAAGCUGUACUCUGAGAUGCCGGUGGAGUUGCGGGACCCAGUUUGUUCGAAUGCCUUGAUAAAUGGCUUUCUGAAGGUGGGGAAGUUGGAAGAGGCUAGUCGAGUUUUUGAGGUGAUGGUGGAAAGAGACUUGGUUUCUUGGAGCUCUAUGGUUGAUGGAUACUGCAAGGCGGAAAAGAUAGUUGAUGCUAGAAACUUGUUUGAUAUCAUGCCCGACAGAAAUAUAGUUACCUGGACGGCCAUUAUUGAUGGUUAUAUGAAGAUAAAGAGUUUCAAAGAUGGGUUUGAGUUGUUUUUGAGCAUGAGAAUGGAUGGAAAAGUGAAAGUUAAUCCUACUACCUUGACUGUGCUGCUUGAGGCUUGUGGCAGUUUCGGUAGGUACGGAGAAGGGAUUCAGUUGCACGGAUUGGUUUCACGCAUGGGACUUGACUAUGAUGUCUUCUUAGGCAAUUCAAUGAUUACCAUGUAUUGUAGAUUUAAUUGUAUGGAUGUUGCUACUGCAUUAUUUCAUCAGAUGAAUAGGAAAGAUGUAGUUUCAUGGAAUUCCUUGAUUGCAGGUUAUGUCCAGUGUGGUUCAGUCGAAGAAGCCUAUAGGCUAUUUGAGAGGAUGCCCAUAAAAGAUAUUAUUUCAUGGACAACCAUGAUUACAGGUUUCUCUAGCAAAGGGGUAACUGAAAAAUGCAUCCAGUUGUUUAAAAUGAUGCCUGAGAAAGACGAUAUUGCUUGGACUGCUGUCAUUUCAGGGUUUGUGAAUAAUGAGGAGUAUGAGGAGGCCUUCCGCUGGUUUGUUGAGAUGCUUCAGGAAGAAGUCAGACCAAAUCCUCUAACUUUGAGCAGUGUGCUAAGUGCUUCAGCCAGUUUGGCAACACAUAACCAAGGUUUGCAAAUUCAUGCUUAUGUAUUAAAGAUGGAUAUGGAAUUUGAUUUGUCCAUCCAAAACUCUUUGGUCUCAAUGUAUUCAAAAUGUGGAAAUGUGAAUGAUGCCUACCAGAUCUUCACAAAUAUCAAUGCACCUAAUAUCAUCUCUUUCAACUCAAUGAUUACCGGGUAUGCUCAAAAUGGGUUUGGGAAAGAAGCACUUAAAUUAUUUCGAAAAAUGCAGAAUGAAGGCCAGAAACCAAAUCAAAUCACUUGUCUUGGUGUGCUUUCAGCCUGCACCCAUGUAGGACUUGUAGAAGAAGGAUGGAACUUCUUUAGAUCAAUGAAUUCAUUAUAUAAUAUUGAACCAGGACCUGACCACUAUGCAUGCAUGGUCGAUCUCUUUGGCCGAGCAGGAUUUCUCGACAAAGCAAUUGAUGUGAUCCAAUCAAUGCCUUUCAAGCCCCAUUCGGGUGUUUGGGGUGCCCUUCUUGGUGCGAGUAGGACCCACUUACGUAUCGACAUUGCAAAGAUUGCAGCUGGGCACCUUAUCAAAUUGGAACCUGAUGAUGCGACCCCUUAUGUGAUCUUAGCCAGCUUAUAUUCUGUUGCUGGGAAAAGGAAGGAUGGGGAUGAAGUCAGAAUGACUGCGAAAUCAAAAGGGAUGAGGAAGAGUCCAGGUUGCAGUUGGAUUAUGGAUAAUGGCAGAGUUCAUUUGUUUCAUGCAGGCCAUCAAUACCAUAGGGACUUACAGAGGAUUAUAGUUACACUUGGGACCAUUUCAGUGGAAAUGAAACAGUUAGAUUACAAUAGGUAAUUCCGACAUCCCGUAUUGUAUGCUCUUAUUAAUAACUAUUAUUGUGAUCUUAAAUCAUAAAUUGGUCCUCAUGCAAAAUAUUAUUUACUUUUUCAAGGGAAAACAAAAGUCAG